AUGCCAUGCAUUACCGUGGAUUUAUUACGCAAGCGGGCAGAGCACAAUGAAGGAAUGAUUUCAACGCUCGAAGAGAUAUCUUUGCAUCAAGAGGAGCUUGAAAAGAUUCAGGUGAUUGGUACCAUAUGUCGUAAGCUGCGCAUUUUGUACCUGCAGAACAAUAUUAUCGACAAAAUUGAAGACUUGACACAUCUUAAGGAGCUACGAUACCUGAAUCUGGCUCUUAACAACAUAAGCAAGAUUGAAGGGUUGCAGAAUUGCGAAUUUCUUGAAAAACUCGAUCUCACCUUAAACUUUGUGGACUUUGACACGCUAGAAGAGAGCAUCGACCAUCUGAAGCCUUUGCAACACCUUCGAGAGCUUUACAUGCUCGGAAAUCCAUGCCAAUCCAGCUGGGAAACCGGGUUUCGUGAGUACGUGAUUGCAGCGCUUCCUCAAAUUGAAAUACUGGAUGGAAAAGAAGUUCAACGUAGUGAUCGGAUCAAAGCGUUACAAGUCUUCCAACACCGACAAAGUUAUGUACGUCGCGAAGCAACAAACGUGCUUUCAAGGAAAGCACAAGAAAGAGCAGAGGAUAAAGCAGUUAUUGAAGUUAUUGGCGGCACAGCGACAGAUAUAUCGGAAAAAAGGUCAGUAAUGGCAUCAUCAGAGAAGGUACCGUACACGCCACACACUCGUCGAGAAAUGUAUCGUGAGAUGGCAGAACAGAAGAAAGAAACGGAAGCUCGUAGACGUGAAAAUCAGCCAAGGGAACGAAACAUGGAAAGAGAGCACAACUUGAUGCUUCAAAAGGUUCGCGAACAGGAAGAAUCAGCAGAUGGCACUGUCCGACAAUGCAACGAAGGCAAAUGGGACUUUCAAUUGAUGGACGAAAUUUUCGAGAUUAUUUUAGAAGUACAUCUUCCUCGCUUUUUGGAUACGUCACUUAUAGAUGUGGACGUCCACCCUUCAUAUGUUUCAAUUGUUGCAAAAAACAAAGUUUUUCGACUUAAAUUUCCGGAGCUUGUGCAUUCGGAUGCAGGAAAAGCAGAAAGGUCGAAGACCACUGGAACUCUGUGCCUAACUCUUCCAAAGGCUCACAUAACUUCGACGCAACAUUUACGAGCUCAAUUUCACUGCAAGGGGCACAAGAACAAGCCAGAAACCAAGAAAGUAACGCCGGUUUCAAAAACGGUCGCAAAACAAAUCAAGAUUUCAGACGAGCUGCUGGAAGCUGCAGAGAAAGUUUCGUCGGAAAAAUGCCGUACAGUUAACAUUCAUGGGCUUGUGAAGCAGAAUUAUAAUGACGACAAUUUAUGUCAUAAGCAAGUGCAAAUGACUCCAGUACUAACGAAGGUGUCAGCAGAGGAUGACGAUGAUUCUCCACCUCUUGUUUUCUAG